CUGCUUCGUCGAGCGGCAAAUCCGUCGUCGAGGGCUGGCCGAUUAAGACGGCGACGAUGACGCGACGCGGCAAGUCGUCGCUGCCGAGCGGCGCACAAUACCUCAGCCAGGAUCCGGUCUCGGGCGCUUAUCAGUACGGCUACUCCGGGCCGCACCACGCCAAAUCCGAGUCGAGCUACAAUGGAAUCACUCGCGGAGGCUACUCUUACGUGGAUGCCAACGGCCUGCUGCAGACGGUCUCGUACACGGCCGACGCGGAGAACGGCUUUCGGGUCAGGGCGAGCAAUCUGCCCUCGUCUCAGCUGCUGGAGCAACGGCAGCAGCAUCAGCCGGCGUUGCGCGACGCGCCCGAGGUCGCGCUGACCAAGCGCCGACACAUGGAGCAGCUGCAUUACGCCGAGACUCGCCGAGCCGGUUCCGCCUGGAAAGCCGCUUACGAGCUCGAGCAACAGCCCAGUAGACGAGCCUACGAGCAGUCACCGCAGAAACAGACGUUCGGUCGGCGUCGAAGUGCCUCGGCCGCUGCCUUCGUCGCUAGGCCCCCGACGAGCGUCAGCAGGCCCGAAGCUCGGCGUAUAAGCAGCCCCAGCCAACAGCAAUACCAUCAUCAUCAACAGCAGCAGCAGCAGCAGCAGCAGCAUCAGCAGCAGCAUUACUUUUACAGCUCGCCCACGCACGUGGUGGCGAUGGCGCCGUCGCACAUGUUUCACCACGGCCACCGCUACGUUCUGUCGUCGGCCGCUGCCUCGGAGAUGCCUGCCUACGUGCCGCUACCGAUGCCGGUGAUCCACGGUGCGGCGAGCCACACGCAGGACGCCCUGGGCCAGUACGAGUACAGCUACACGGGCGACACCAGCGCCAAGAUCGAGUCGCGCUCGAUGGACGGCUCGACCCGCGGCGCCUACAGCUACAUCGACGCCAACGGCCUGCUGCAGCAGGUGCGCUACGUCGCCGACAAGGACGGCUUCAGGGUGCUGGCGACCAAUCUUCCGAGAGCUUGAGCCUGGCCCGGAGAUAGAUUUUUUUUUUUUUUCAAUUUUAUAAGCUGGACGAUGCGAUCCGACCAGGUUGUCGUCCAAGCAAUUACUUUUAUUAUUAUUAUUAUUACGUAUAACGGAGAAUCGAUAAGAUGUACAUAACACACACAAUUGAUAUUUUAUAUUACUUAGAAUUAUUUAAUUUUUUACAUUACCUUAUGCUUAUUCUAUUUUUCUCGUCUUAUUGACAGACGGCACUCCGUAGACUUUUGAAAAUAGUUCGAUACUUUUCCUCGUUAUCGAAUGAAAUGAACAUUGAAAAAAACUUUUAUUGUACGUUUUACAAUUACAGUCAUCGAUGCAGUCGCACUGUACGUUAAAAUUAGUCUUUAAUGCCUUAUAAUUAUUUUUAUAUACAAAUAAAUAAUUUAAAUACAAUUUUAA